AAGAUGUCUUAAAUCAAUUUCAAUGUUAUCACUGUUUUAUUCAGGUUCCAUCACCAAUAACAAGCCCAAAGAGUAAAAGAUGCAAAGAGAAAGUCUCACUCAAUCUUGAUCACAUGGUUGCUUGAGAUUUUUGUUUACUGCCUGUGUAACAACUUCAUUGUGCCUCGAUAGGUUUUCACAUUUCAUCUUUAUUUCCUCGUAUUGGUUUAUUUAAUUUGUUUAUUUGGUUUAGUUUAUUACAUAUGUUAUUUUUUUAAGUUUACUUUAAAAUCUUAAUUAGAGUUAAAUUAAUCAGUGUCAUCUAAAUAAUUACGUGACGAAAUCAUGGCUACAAGACAUCUUCUCAACCGUUGUUAUACAUUGAUUGACAAGGCAUCUCUAGGUCAACGUGUUUGGAGUUUAUGUGGUAGCCAACAAAGAAGGUUUAUAGACUUGCAAGAAUAUCAGAGUAAAAAAAUUAUGUCCGAAAAUGGUUUGACAGUUCAAAGGUUUAAAGUUGUUGAAUCGUUGGAAAAUGCUGACUCUAAUUUGUCUGAUUUUACUUGCUCCGAGUAUGUUAUUAAAGCUCAGGUAUUGGCUGGUGGCCGAGGAAAAGGUUACUUCAAGAAAUCUGGUAUGAAAGGAGGAGUUAAAUUGACUAAAGACAAGAAGGAAAUUUUACCACUGGUCAAGAAUAUGUUGAAUGAUCAUUUGGUAACCGCACAAACAACAGAGGAAGGUGCUCUUGUCCGUAAAGUAAUGGUUGCUGAAGCGUUGGACAUAGACAAAGAAUAUUAUGUUGCCAUUUUAUUAGACCGUUCUUCUGGUGGACCUGUUCUGGUAGCUUCACAAUUUGGUGGUGUAAAUAUUGAAGAAGUUGCCGAAAAAACUCCUGAAGCUAUUCACAAAUUUCCUUUACCUUUGACUGACAAUCAAGAGCUUGACCAAGAUUAUCUCAAACACAUUGCCAAAAAAGGAUUAGGUUUAACCGAUCCAGAAGUUAUCGACAGGGCUGCCAAGGAAAUCGCCAAUUUAUUCAAGCUAUUCGUUAAUAUCGAUGCUACUCAAAUUGAAAUCAAUCCUUUUGGAUUAACACCUGAAAAAAAGGUGGUCUGCUUUGAUGCAAAGAUACAAUUUGAUGAGAAUGCAUCUUUCAGACAAGGAUGGGUCAAAGAAUUGGAAGAGGAAAAUUUGGAAAAAGAAGACCCUCGUCAAGUUUUAGCCAAAAAAUAUAAUCUUAAUUUUGUUGCCAUGGAUGGUAACAUUGGUUGUUUUGUCAAUGGCGCUGGAUUAGCUAUGGCAACCAUGGAUAUCAUUCAUCAUCAUGCUGGAUCUCCAGCAAAUUUUCUUGAUGUUGGAGGUGGAGUGACUCAAGAUGGAGUAGAAAAAGCUUUCCAUAUAAUAACCCAAGAUCCAAAAGUAAAAGUAAUUCUGGUCAACAUUUUUGGUGGAAUCGUUAACUGUGAAACUGUGGCCGCUGGUUUAAUUGCAGCUCAUCAUUUGGUUAAUGUACCAUUGAUUGUUCGCCUUGAAGGAACCAAUCAAAAAUCUGCCAUGAAAAUGUUGGAAACUGUUCCAGGUAUAAUAACUGCCAGUGAUUUGGAUGAAGCUGCCCAAAAAGCCGUUAAAGCCGCAUUAGGCAGUUAAAAAGAGAGACUUACCUGAAUUGUCGACAUUUUUAUUAAUCAAGUGAUAAGACAAAAACGAGUCGAGUAAUUGUAAAGAGAAUCAGGUGGUGAUAAUAUUAGGCUGUUUUGUGCAUAUAAUUUUUAAUGAUUGCUUCCCUGAUCGACUGUUUCUCAACAUAUUUGGGUUUCUCAAAAUAUUAAAUGAUAAAAUUGAAUACGAAAGAUGACCAAAUUCCCUGCAGACUCCAAUCAAUUGUUAACUGUUCUCAUUUUUGUUUAUUUUGUUACUCUAAUGAUAUCAAUAGAUAAUCAGCGAGAUUUUUCGAAAGCGCUCGACAUUUGAAACAGAGCUUAUUAAUUAUAAUAAAACACAUAAAUUAUCUUUAA